UGCGGAUUUUGGCCUCUGGCUACGGUUAAUGUGACGAUUUCAAUUUGUAUGUAGGAUUCCGAUUCAUGGGUUUGAUUUGGUUUUGUCUUUUUUGCCUUUGGGAUUUUGGAACUGAUUUCAUUUUGGUUUAUCAAGAUCAAUUAUUAUUAUUUCAACAAUUGGGUUCUUAGAUUUUUUUUUUUUUCGUAAUAUUACAUUUUACUAUAUAAUGAACAUAACUGAAUAUAGAAAUAUGUUGUGAUGAGUUUUGGAGUUAGUCGAUUGGAAAAUUUGAUGUGUGCCAUUUAGAAUUUGCAUUUUAAGGAUGUUUGCAUAGCCCUCUAGGAUGAUGACUUGAAUUAAAAUGUUUUUGAUUCUUUUGAGUUGUUCCAUGUGGAGUAUUGAACAGAGGUUGUAUUCAAUAUCCUCUUAUUUUCUGUAUUCAUUGAAGAACUCAAAGUGAGACUUUGUCAUUUUGUUAAGAAGGAAGGUUAUAGCUUUUAAUGCUGAGUGCAUGUAGUAUUGUUUGUCUGAUGUAUGGUGUGCUUGACUUCAGCAUGCUCAAUCUUUUCUGGAAUGGAUUUAGGAGUACAUGCAUGAUGUUACAUACUAAAAUAGGCUUUAUCUAACAUGGGUCUGACACCAUGAUGUGACUGAGAUGAACUUGCACUGGGUGCAAGCCUUAGUGCCAAGUUUAUGCAAUGCAUACAUAGCUUUGCACUGGGAUGCCUUGCUCUUUCUUAUAUUAUGGGGAUGAAAUGAUCAGCUAUAAACUUAUCUUCUUUCUUUUUCUCGUACUUUUCUUCUCACUGUUUUGGUUAGGUAUUUGAUCAUACUCAUAGCUGCUGUUCUUAUAGUGUUGUGUCUGUCACUAUGAUUUUACUUUGUCUUUUUUUUGGUAUGCUAUGAAUUAUUUGGUUUUGUUGUUAUAGUUUUGCUGGUUUCAUGCUUUUUAUUAGCAAGUUGAUGAUUACUUCUGAUUGUGAUGAUGUGUAUCUAUGAAUUAUAUAAUUGAACCUACCUAUACUCAUUCAUGGCGAGUCAAUGAAUUUUUUACCUGUAACUUAUAAGUUAAAUUAUUGAUUUUUAUCUGCCUUAUGUGUCUUAAACUUGUUCUCUUUGAUGUUGUCACCAUUCAUUUAAACACAUUUAUCAACCUAUAUCUAUUUCCUUUCUUGUGAUGAAAAUUAUGCUUUGCUUCACUUUUAGAGAAAUGGAUGUAGAAAAGUUGAAGAAGAUGGCCAGUUCUGUUCGAACUGGUGGGAAGGGUACUAUGAGAAGGAAGAAGAAGGCUGUCCACAAAACAACUACGACAGAUGACAAGAGGCUUCAAAGCACACUGAAGAGAAUAGGGGUCAAUGCUAUCCCUGCGAUUGAGGAAGUCAACAUCUUUAAGGAUGAUGUAGUUAUCCAGUUUUUAAAUCCCAAAGUUCAAGCAUCCAUUGCUGCCAAUACUUGGGUUGUUAGUGGUUCACCUCAAACAAAGAAGUUGCAGGAUAUUCUCCCUAGCAUCAUCCACCAAUUGGGACCAGAUAACUUGGAGAACCUGAAGAAGCUAGCUGAACAAUUUCAGAAGCAGGCUCCUGAAUCAGGAGCUGGUGCAACCACAGCACAAGAGGAUGAUGAUGAUGCGGUCCCAGAUCUUGUCCCAGGGGAGACGUUUGAGACAGCUGCUGAGGAGACUAUGUCUUAGAGUUUUUACCGUGGCAUCUUUUAUAUAUUUUGGUUGUCUUUAAGCUUUUUUCUUUCUAUUUUUUUUUAACUUUUCAAAAUUGAAUGUUUUUCAGGUGUUGUUAAUACUUUAAGUAGUUAAGACACUUAAAUCUGCCCUCCAUCAUCUAACUAAAAGUGUUACUACCUGACUAUUCGAGUUUGUCUAUUGUAUGUCCCAUCAUUUUUGGAGGUAGUAGAAAUCAAUUUUGUUAGUUUAUUUUCAUGUUGAUUCUCCAUGGUUGUUGGGGAAGGCCUGAUGCUUUGGCAUCUGACAUCAUCGUCAGAUCUCUAUGCUUUUUCCGAGGAUUUCUCUCUAUUUGCAGAUGAGACUACAAAUGGAAAUGUUACACCGACGAUGCAUCACAUUUCUUUUAUCGUAGUUCAUUGUUUCUUUAUUGGUUUUCUGUUGCAAUGCUCAUGAUUAUGAACCAGUCAUUAUAUAGGUUGACACUGGGUAUGUGAUUUGAUUGAAACAACUAAGAAUCCCUAGAGCUCUUCAAAAUUAUUAUUACAAGCUGAUUUGAUUGUUACUGGUAGACAAUUCAUAGUGGUUCUUGGGCUUAACUACCCAAAUAACGGAAGAUUGAUUUGUGCCGUGGCUAUGGAAAAUCACUGUAUAUU